AUGUAGGAGGAUAUCGAAUAAUAUGAUUAUGACGGUGGUUAUGACUACCUUACGGAUUCAUGCUAAAUAGAGGAUAUUCCAAGUUUGGUUCGGACUCCAUCAACAAAUUAAGAAAUUCUGGAAUUGAAAGAUGUGAUGAAGUUUAUAGAUCAAUUAAUUGGCAACAUGGGAGAGCUACUGAAUUUGGAUGCCGAUAAUACAUAUGAAAUCUUAAUGUUUUAUAAUUGGAACAAGGACCGCAUUGAAUGUGAAUACCACGAGACAAUUUUGGAAUAAUUGAAAAAAUAAGGAGUAUUUAAUAAUCAUUAAGCAAUUUGUUACCCAGACCAAAUCUCAAUGUGUCCCCUUUGCAUGGAAGAAACUCAAUUAAUUCAGCUAGGGUGUCGACAUUAAUUUUGCAAAAGCUGCAUUCAACAAUCAAUUGCAUAAAGAUUUACAAAAGAAUAAUUUUUAGUUAUCCCUUGUUUAUAGUAUGGUUGUAAAUAUAAAUUACCAAUGUCAAUGAUCAAGAAUCUUACUAAGCCUGAAGAUUACCUAAAAAUAGUUUGUAGAAAAUUUAUUGAAACAAAUAAAGCACUUGCAUAUUGCCAAGGAGUCGAUUGCAAAAAAAUUAUCAAACCAAAAGAUUCAUCUUUAACUACUGUCACAUGCCCUUGUGGCACUCAAUUUUGUUUCAGGUGCAAACAUGAAUUACAUCAGCCAGUCCCCUGCGAUAUGGCUAAAACUUGGGUUUCUGAAAUCACAAAGAAUGAAGCAAAUAUAAAGUGGAUUGUUCUUAAUACGAAAAUCUGUCCCUUUUGUAAAAAACCAGUUUAACGAUCUGAUGGAUGUAAUUACCUUAUGUGUAAACCCCCAGGAGGUUGUGGAAAUGCAUUUUGCUAUGUCUGUAGUAACCCUUGGGAACCUGAUCACAAAGACCAUUUUAAGUGCAGCAAAUACGUUCCUCCUACUAAUGAUUUAGAAAAAGAAAAGGAAAUCUUAGCUAGAUACAACUUUUAUUAUGAGAGAUUCUUGAAUUCCAAUUCAGCUGUUGAAUAAAUUUAAGCUAGAUUAAAAUAAUUCAGAGAAAAGCAUAAUCAAGAAAUCUAAGAAACAUAUGAAGUCACAUCUCUUGAAUUUGAAUUUUUGGAAGAGGCUCUCAAAGAAUUAGCCCAAUCUAGAUAAGUGUUGAAAUGGACUUCUUGUCUUGGAUAUUUUAUCUCAUAGACCAAUCCUACUUCAUCCAAAUUAUUUGAUAAUUAUUAAAAGGAAUUCGAACAUUCUUGUGAGUAACUAGGUAUCCUAUGCAUGCAGCUUUUUAACGAACUAGAGAAAUUGCAAAAUCUACAUACAAGGCAAUAAACCACAUUGAAUCAGAGAAAAAAUGAUUUUUAUGGAAGAAGAGAGCAAAUCUUAAAAUUAUAAAACAAAUGCUAUAAUUUGAGACGUAAUUUAUUAAAGGCAAGCGAAAAUGGAGAUAUUAUGAAUUGA